AUGGCGCCAGCCCAGACCCAAGACACACCAGAGGAUACUCAAAAGAGUUCUGAUCUCUUGGAGCGUUCCAAGGGUGAAUCAGUACUCACAGAUAAAGACCGAAAGGCCCUCGUCUUCACAGACAAGCACAGUUCUCCAGAUGUCUACGUUAACGCCAGCAAAGACACUCUGUGGCAUCCAUGGACAGGAACGCUAGAGCUCAAGCCUCUUCGGUUUGAAACGAGAUCUGGUAGUUUCGUCAUUGGACUGAGAACGCCUGUCGAUUGCUGGCUCGGAAAACACAGGCAUCGAGGCACAGUCACAGCUGUUACACUUUCUGGAAAUUGGAGAUACAAGGAGUACGACUGGGUCGCUGGACCUGGGGACUAUGUUGUUGAAAACCCAGGCACUAUUCAUACGCUGUUUAUGGGUGCUGGCGCCGAGGUGGUGUUUACUAUUACCGGAAGCCUCGAGUUCUUUAAUGAUGAUGAUAGCUUGAGGGAGACAAUGGACAUCUUUAGUUUCGCGGAGCUCUAUUAUGACCAUUGCAAAGAGAAAGGUGUCGAGCCAAACGAGAAACUAUGGUACUGA